AUGGUUUUGUGAAAUGCCAGCCCUUAUGUGCACCGCGUGUGUGGAUCAGUCGUGCCGCGCGCUCGUUAACAUUCUGUCCGGAGAGCGCGCGAUGCGGCGCCUGCGCGGCCUUUUCACCGUGUUCCUAUCCUCUGGAGCGAGUUGAAGAGAGGAAGCCCAGCUCUCUGUUCGUGCGCGAGCUGAAAUGGUUGGAGUAGAGAGGAAGAGGACAGAGGCUCAGAGGAGCAUCAUGAAAGACAGCGAGCUUAAACGAGACUCCGGCAUCCCUGAGCGCGUGACACUCAAGAAGGAGAUUGGACUUCUGAGCGCGUGCGCGAUCAUCAUCGGUAACAUUAUUGGCUCAGGGAUCUUCAUCUCUCCUAAGGGUGUUCUGGAGCAUUCAGGUUCGGUUGGCCUGGCACUGGUGGUGUGGGUGCUAGGAGGAGGCAUCGCUGCUCUGGGCUCCCUUUGCUACGCUGAACUAGGGGUCACCAUCCCUAAAUCUGGGGGAGACUAUUCCUACGUCACAGAGAUUUUUGGUGGUCUCAUGGGGUUUCUGCUGUUGUGGAGUGCAGUACUGAUCAUGUAUCCCACCACACUGGCAGUCAUCGCUCUCACGUUCUCCAACUAUGUGCUUCAGCCUGUUUUCCCAUACUGCAUUCCUCCAUACAUAGCCACACGCAUGCUCUCCACUAUCUGCAUAUUGUUUUUGACAUGGGUGAACUGCUACAGUGUGCGUUUGGCCACACGGAUCCAGGACGCCUUUACCGUGGGGAAGCUUCUGGCUCUGGGGCUCAUCAUUACUGUGGGUUUAGUGCAGAUCUUCGGAGGUAACUAUGAGAGCCUGACUCCACAGGUGGCGUUCAUGUUUAAUAAAGCUCCCUCCAUAGGGCAGAUUGCUCUGGCUUUUCUUCAUGCCUCCUUUGCCUUCAGUGGCUGGAACUUCCUCAACUACGUCACAGAGGAAGUGGUGGAUCCGAGGAGGAAUCUGCCUCGAGCCAUAUACAUCUCCAUUCCACUGGUAACAUUUGUCUACACGCUCACAAACAUUGCGUAUUUCUCCUCCAUGUCUCCUGAGGAACUGCUGUCCUCCAACGCAGUGGCUGUUACUUUUGGUGAAAAGCUUCUCGGGAUGUUUUCCACCCUCAUGCCGAUCUCUGUGGCACUCUCCACUUUUGGGGGCAUCAAUGGUUACCUCUUCACCUCCUCCAGGUUGUGUUUCUCCGGGGCACGGGAAGGACAUUUACCCAGCCUUCUUGCUAUGAUCCACUUUAAACAGUGCACGCCGAUUCCAGCUCUGCUCGUCUGUUGCACUGCCACAAUUGUGAUCUUGUGCAUUGGAGAAACUCACAACCUUAUAAACUAUGUGUCUUUCAUCAACUACCUCUCUUACGGAGUCACUAUUGCUGGCCUACUCUACUACAGAUGGAAGAAGCCAAACUUAUACAGGCCCAUCAAGGUGAGUCUGCUAGUGCCGGUGUGUUACCUGCUCUUCUGGGCUCUACUGCUGGGCUUCAGUUUGCACUCGGAGCCGCUGGUGUGUGGAGUGGGGCUGGUCAUUAUGCUCACUGGAGUGCCUGUCUAUUUCCUGGGAGUUUACUGGAAAGACAAGCCAAAAUGCAUAUAUGACUUCAUUGAGUGGGCUACAUAUCUGUGGGGAAGAGUGUUUUUUUUUUGUUUUUUUCACAAAUAUAUAUCCUAUUGAAGCGGCAGAAUGGACUGACAGAUCUUCCUUCACAAGCAAAGCUUCUGGACCUCUCUGAAUUUUGCAUUACUUUAAUUCGGCAGCUCUUUACUUAAAAUCCACACUUUCCAGGCUUGUAGUUGUAGUAAAAAAAGAAAUGAAACAAUAACUGCCUCAUUUGUUUAAAUGGGCACUAUAUUCGUAUGCGUCAGUGGGUUUAAAUGGUUCUGUUUCAGCUACUAUGGAUUGUGUACUGCACUGGGUAUUGCUCACUUUUUGGUUAGGUGUGUUAUUUCUACUGUUUUAAAACCCUAUAAUUUGCUACUGGGGUUCAUUUGCAAAUGGCCUGUGUUGAUACAUGUACAGAAUCUCUCCUCUCUUUUGUAUGAUACUUCACCUGUGAUGUCUUUCCAACCACAUAACCAUUUAUACAGGCACUGCACGCCUCACUGGUGUAAAUACAUUUGAAGUGCUUCUAACAA